AUGGGCGUCAGCAACGGCAGAGGCACAGUCAAGCCGUUCUUAUAUCCUCUGGUGGAUGAGCUAGACUACAAUUUGAUUGUUGGCGUGCAUCUGCCUUUCGAAUACAAAACGCCGUCACGGUACCCCCUCGCUUACAUCACAGUGGUUAUCGCAUUCAUCUAUGUAUCGUAUUUUGUGAUGGUCACCGAUCUAAUCAUGCAGGCUCAUCUUCUUCAUUUGCUAUGCCAGUUCAAUGUUCUCGCCGACUGCUUCGAAAACAUGCUGAAUGAUUGUGUUAAAGGAUUCGAAGGACCUCUUGUGAGUCUGCACGAGUAUAUUCAUCCAUUAAUUGAUGAGUUUGAGUACAAUUUGAUGGUCGGGCUUCGACUGCCGUUCAGUUUCGACACGCCUCUCCGAUACUUGUUCACUUACGUCAUCGUGCUGAUUGCUUUCAACUAUACUGCUCAUUACGUCAUGGUCACAGAUCUAAUUAUGCAAUCCUAUUUGAUACCACUGAUCUGUCAGUACGCUGUUCUAGCCGACUGCUUUGAGAAUAUUUUGAUCGACUGCAGUAAUGAUUAUGGAGACCACGCGAGACGUAAUGAUAUUGUUUACAGCCGCAGUAUGGAAUUGCGGGCCAUAUUGAGCCGGCCAAUGUUAGGUCAGUUGGCUUCAAGUGGCCUGCUUAUUUGCUUUGUUGGAUAUCAGGCCACAACGUCAAUAUCAGUGAACAUCGUGAAAUGUCUGAUGAGUUUGUUUUAUCUUGGAUACAACAUGUUCACGCUUUUUGUCGUUUGUCGUUGGUGUGAAGAAAUUACGAAUAAGAGCUUGAACAUUGGCAAUGCGGUGUACUGUUCAGGGUGGGAAAGUGGUAUGACAGUUGUUCCCACAGUGCGGUCCACCAUUCUGCUGGUGAUUCUUCGUGCGAACAAGCCGAUUGUGUUCACGGCCGGCGGAAUGUAUAAUCUCUCGUUAACAUCGUAUACUAGUUUGGUGAAAGGAUCAUACAGCGCUCUAACGUUUCUACUAAGAAUUCAACACGAAUAA